CGCCUCCUCCUCCUCCUCCUCUUUCUGAGGCUCCUCCUCCUCCUGCAGAUCUGGGAGGCGAGGCCUAGUCAGAGGCGGAGGAGAAGCGAAAUCCACUGAGCUGACACAGUUGUGACCAUUGCGAUGCUGACUGAAGUGUUGAUAAGGCAACGGAAUGCAUGGAAGACACUGGCCUCCUGUGAUGGACGGCGACACUUCUGGGGUUGGCUGAAUAGCGUUUUCAACAAGGUGGACCAUGAACGGAUCCAGGCCGUUGGCCCAGACAGAGCGGCUUCAGAGUGGCUCCUCCGGUGCGGAGCAUUUGUGCGAUAUCAUGGAUUUGAUAAAUGGCAGCAGAAUUACAACGGCCUCCCGACUGGGCCGCUCGGAAAAUACAAGAUCCAAGCCAUCGAUGCCACGGAAUCAUGCAUCAUGUAUAAGGGAUUCGAUUAUUUGGAUGGCCUGGAGAAUGUUGAGGAAAUCAAACUUUCCAAGUGCAUGUACAUCCAAGACGACUGCUUACAACGGCUCAGCGAGACCCCAACCCUGCAGAAAAGCCUGCUACGCCUAUCGAUAAUCUCCUGUGGGAACGUCACGGAUAAAGGUGUCAUCGCAUUGCAUAAACUCAGUAACCUUGAGUAUUUGUUCCUGAGUGACCUCCCUGGGAUCAAAGACAAAGAAACCACAGCAGAGAUGCUUAGGAAAUCCAUGCCGGCUCUGGAGCUGGAGCUAGACUUGGAAUAAAAGAAGCGCCAAACUCUUUGGCUUCUA